CGGCGCGGUAUCACGCGUAACUUUUCCCGAGAAAAGUUCUGCAAAGCGUCCAAAUUGUUAAGUUUUUCAUCUCUGUUCGUGCAGCAAUUGCAUAAACUAAAGUUCAGAAACACAGUUCCGUCAAAAUACCCGUCGAUACUUGAAGGGCAAUCGACGUACGAGAGAAAGCAGCAGUGUCACCGCAAGGACAAUAUAUCAGCAAACCAUGACACCAAAUGUUUAGCGUGUACUUUUCGGUUUUAUUGCUGUCGGGAAAAUAAAAAUUGUAAAUUGGCGAUUACUACACAUUGUCCGCUAUCUGAAACGAGUGUCAUAGUACCGAAGGAUUCACUGUGGACCGCUAUGUAACAGAUCGCAUUGUGUAAAUAGUGUUAAGAAAGAUUAAGGGUGUUUGGGUGACUCCGGUCGUGGUGCAUUUCCUUUCUGCUCAACGCUUAGCUUCGUGUUUUUAAACCAUUCUCACACCAGUGAUACAGCUUACCCAGGAGUAUCACAAUGGAGUUUUCGCAACCACCCCCAUCGGUGGAUGCACCGGUCCAACAUUUCGCUAAUCCCCCACCAAUCAACCGCAUCCUCAGCUACCAGAAUCCGCAACCGCCUAAGCAACAGUUUAACUUCUACCACCACAAACCGUACCACCACUUCAAUGGGUUCCGUGGUGGUGGCCCGAUGUCCCAGGACGACUUCGACGGAAAGCGGCUUCGGAAGUCUGUCAUGCGGAAAACGGUCGACUACAAUGCAGCCAUCAUCAAAGCACUCGAGUAUCGUACCUGGCAGCGAGACCACCGCGACCGGCGGGCACUGCAGCCGGAAAGCAUCUACAUUCCCGAACUGUUGCCACCGCCAAGCUACAUGGACAAUCCUAGCAACGCCGUAACGACCCGAUUCGUGAAAACCGCCACAAACAAAAUGCGGUGUCCGAUUUUUACUCUUGCCUGGACGCCGGAAGGCCGUCGGUUGAUAACCGGCGCCAGUUCUGGCGAAUUCACGCUCUGGAAUGGGUUGAUGUUUAACUUCGAAACUAUCCUACAGGCACACGAUGUAUCCGUGAGGACGAUGGUGUGGUCACACAACGAUAACUGGAUGGUCACUGGCGAUCAUGGCGGUUUCGUUAAGUACUGGCAGUCCAACAUGAACAACGUAAAGAUGUUCCAGGCGCACAAGGACCCGAUUCGAGGCAUCAGCUUUAGCCCAUCGGAUUCGAAGUUUGCGAGCUGCAGCGACGACGGUACGGUGCGUGUGUGGGAUUUCCUUCGCUGCCAGGAGGAACGGGUGCUACGAGGGCACGGUGCGGAUGUGAAGUGUGUCCAUUGGCAUCCGCAGAAAGCGUUAAUUGUGUCCGGUAGCAAGGACAACCAGCAACCGAUCAAACUGUGGGACCCAAAGUGUGGCCAGGCACUGGCAACAUUACACGCGCAUAAAUCUACAGUGAUGGAUCUGAAAUGGAAUGACAACGGAAACUGGCUGGUAACGGCGUCUCGAGACCAUCUUUUGAAGCUGUUCGAUCUAAGAAAUCUCAGCGAGGAAGUCCAAGUAUUUCGCGGUCACAAAAGGGAAGCUAGUGCCGUUUCGUGGCAUCCGGUACAUGAAGGUCUGUUCGCAUCCGGCGGUUCUGACGGAUCGAUCCUCUUCUGGAACGUGGGCACCAAUAAGGAGGUUGGUAGCAUUGAUAUUGCACACGAUAGCAUCGUAUGGACCCUGGCCUGGCAUCCGCUCGGGCACAUCCUUUGCUCCGGUUCGAACGACCAUACGGUCAAGUUUUGGACGCGCAAUCGGCCCGGCGAUCAGAUGCGUGACAAGUACAACCUUAACACGCUUCCGGCCAGUCUAGCCGGGUUGGAUGAGUGCGAACUGGAGGAACACAUUGUCAUUCCGGGUAUGGGCCCGGAGGACAAGGUGGACAUCGUGGAGAGUAUCGCCACGAAGGAGACGGGUCCCAUUCCGGGGUUGGAUUUGAACGUGAACAACUUCAACGACAAGAUUCGCGACAAGAAGAUCCCGUACAGCAAACCGAUCCCCCGCAAGUUCCAGGCUCAGUGGAACGAGCUGAAACCCGACGAACAAACGGCCGCGGAAGAGAUAAAGGAAGUGAUCUCACAAAUCGUCGACGGAGGGCCGAGCGCACCGAAGAAACCGGCUCCGACGGCCAUUUCAUUGUAUGAGCGGACGAUAGCGGUGAUUCCGGGAUCGCCUUUGGAAGAGGCUAUUGAAGCUGGAACGGAGGCAUUGACUAGAUUUAUCGAACGGGGUGGCAUUAAAGAAUUGCAUCACCUUUUCCCGCCUCUGCCUGCGGACGGAGACCCGGCAUCAAACGGGGACCCAUCGAAACCUCCGGCCAAACGGUUUCGGCUUGAUGUGGAGCCUAAAUUUUUCUACGGUCCGCAACCGUUCAUGAUGGAUCCUCAGCUCAGUCUGCCAUCACGAGACUCGGAACAAUCGCGAGACUCGGUAGCGUCGACCGAAGAUGCAGGUUCGAAGGGAGACGCUUUCGAUCCGAAACUACCGUCGCUGUUGCAGCUCGAUAUUAACCCCCCACCGAAUGUACAAUUUACCACGGACGAGCAGGCGGACGAGGUGGUCCUCAGAGGUACCUGGAAGGGACGGGAACGCGAAAAGCAACGGGAACGAGAAAAGCGUGACUUGGAGCAGGACAAGAAGAUCUGGAAAGAGUACAACGAUCGCAACUGGGACGAGGAUGAAGAUGACACGAUGGGGGAUUCGACCAAUCGACCCGAUUCUCCGACCAGCCAAAACACCAACAGUAACGGACCGUGGGGAGCGGCCUUCGAAAACGAAAUGCCACCGGGACCGCCGCAAGGUAUCAGCUGGCAAACGGACAACGGUGGUGGCCCAUCGAUGCCACCGGGUGGUCCGCCUCCGUUCGGCGUAGGUUACGGUGACGAUGACGGGGCGCCGUCGUUGGAUGGAUUUAACUGCCAAAGGCCUCCACCACCGAUUGGCGUCGGUCAACCGCCUCCUUUCAUGAAUCACCCACAUCAUCCGAGCGCGUUCGCUAUGAUGGGCGGAAGAAAUGACGACGAUGGUGGCUUCCAUAAUAACAUCCACAAUCCCAGUGACCACAGAGAGUUCAACCGGAACGAUGAUUGGGGCCGGAAUGAUGGGGGAAUGCAUCGCGGAGGAGGCCACCGAGGAGGCAACCGUGGUGGUGGUAGAGAUUUUCGAGAUGGCCGCCGGGAUCGGGGUUUCCGGGGACGACGGAACUAAAUGGGGGGUGUGCUAAACUUGUUUACGGAUGAUUGCCGAUGUACAGGUGAAAGUGUCGAAUGAGAUGAACGGAAGUUAGCUAUUAAAAAUAUAUAAUUUACAGGGUAGCUAACAUGAAGUGUUAUCUAUUCAAAAAACACCAUAUUGUAUGUACAUAUACAUCUAG